CUCUGUAUCUCUGUAUCUCUGUAUCUCUGUAUCUCUGCAAUAUAUUAAAAACUGCGGUGUUAAAGACUUAAAAUUUGAUUAGUUCAAUUCCUCAUAAAUAAAGUAUCACCAACAAUGUUUAUUUUUCACUAACAUAAAAAAGUUUCCCCUCAUACUUCCCCGCCUUUAAAAAUUGUGCACUUGCUUAUUUGAAAAACUGUUAAAUAUUUAGAUGCAUGAAAAUGGGAUCCCGUGGAACACAACGAAAAAACGCGAAUUUUAAUAGGAAUACUCUUCCCUCAAUAACUGAUAAAUUUCAUGAAAAGGAUUCCUUCUGUGAGGAAUUAAAAACUAGUGAACAAGAAGAACCCUACAGAGUGAUGUCUUCCAACAAAAAGACAAGUUCAGAUUCAGAAUUUAGCGGGGAUUCUGGAUCCGGCUCUAGUGGAACUAUUAGUAUAAUAUCCAGAUUAUCUGAAAUUGGGAAGCGGCGAGAUGGCAGCAGAUCAACCUUCACGGUCAACCUGCCCCCUCCAGACAUUAACACUAAAAUUGAUCUGACUGCUCAGCUCAUGGGAGACUUAUCUCCUUUAUCCUUCACAUCGUCUACAAACUCAGGAACCAGGCAUCUGCGUAAAAUUUCUAAAGUUACAGGAGGCAAAACAAGAACAACACAAGAAGAUCUAGCUCAGGCGGUACUGGAGGGAAACCUGAGAAAAAUAGAAGAAAUUAUUGAUGUUUUCAUCGCAAUGAAUGGACCUAGCGGACUGGACAUUGUGCUAGGAUACAGAUAUGAUUAUGAUACAACAAAACAAAUAAUUCAAUCUGUUCAUACAUUUUCACAUUUUAAUCAGGAGAGUUGUGAGAAGUACACAAUGAACUUGAGUGUACUCGGCCUAUGCUGUAUAUUUGAUGCAGAGCAUGUGAUUUCUCUUCUCUCCCUCUAUGGAAUAUUCAGGAUAAAAGAAUUGUUCCAUGCCCCUCAGUUUCCUUUACACACUGCUGCUAUGUACGGAUCCAUAGGAUGCAUUAAGAUCCUAGAAAAACUUGGAGUAGAUUUGGAUAUGGUUGGAUACAGGGGCGAGACUGCUCUACAUACAGCUGCUAGAGAUCUUAACGAAGAUGCCAUCUUUACUUUACUGAAACUAAAGGCUGACCCUAAUAUCCAGGAUGACACCCAACGAACCCCCCUGUUUUACUGCAUUAACAACUAUGGAUGUUUAAAAACCUUGGUGCAAUUCGGAGCAGACUUAAACCAUGCAGACAGAGAACGCAAGACCCCCAUACAUUUAGUUCGAGAUAAAGUUUGUUUGGUUUAUUUACUGGAAAGUGGAGCAGACCCAAAACUCAAGGAUUCACAGGGAGGUGAUGCCAUCCAUAGAUUCCUUGAAGUAAAUGUAGAUCUUCUCACAGCACUCCUGGAUUUCUACAUCACCUCGUCUACUACUGGAACAAGCAAGGGACUAGAAGUUUCCUUACAGUUUGGAGAAUUUGUAUCCCCUGAUUCAAACCUAGAAAAAGGUUUAGAGUUGGCCAUUACAGCAGUAUCUGAGGAGAAAAUAGAACUCCUUAAACAUCCAAUCAUAGAAACAUUAAUUCAUUUUCAUGAUACUUUCGCUGGAAGAACAUUCAGAAUUUUUCUCAUUAUUGUUUACAUCUUCUACUUGGCAUCAAUAACUUCCCUGGUAACAUUGAACCAUCAUAAAUACUUCAGGAUGAUGGAUGAUGAAUGGAUAAGAUUGGUGAGAAUAAUCCUGGGAGUAGGAACUACAGUAAUGCUAAUACUAAUCACAAUACUUCUCUGGAAAAGAAACUUCUCCAGAAGGGGGAGUAACUACAGGUUUAUCUGGCUGCUGAAUUUUCUUCUGGUUCUUGCCUACAUAACCUUUGUCUCAAUACAGCACUUGAUUCAACCCAUAGAGGCAUCAGUUAUACCACAGCUUGGAACAAUGUGUUUAUUUCUAUCCUGGAUUUAUAUAACUGAUAUCCUGGGACAGUUUCCUAAUGUUGGGAUCUAUAUACUCAUGGUCCAGGAGGUGGCAGGGGAUCUACUUAAGUUUCUUCUAAUGUACACAACUGUGCUUCUGGCUUUCACACUAAGUUUCCAGAUUGUAUUUGAGCAUGAUUCCAGAUUCUCCGACCCUUUCCUUUCCCUACUCUCGACCAUCACGAUGAUGAUGGGGGAGAUGGAGACGGCAUCCCUGUUCUCAGAGGAACUCCAUUACCCUGGAGUAUCUCAUCUUCUAUUCUUCCUCUUCCUUCUGUUUGUUAGUGUUGUCAUCAUGAAUCUUCUUAUUGGUCUAGCAAUUAGUAAUCUUACAGAGAUAUUCCAGAGAGCCGGAGUAGAGAGGUUAAAAGUAACAGUUCUCAACCUGACCAGUAUUUACAAAGUUUACACAAUUAUUCGAAGAAAGAAGGGCUUGUUCCGGUACCUGAAAAAACUGCAAGGAUCAAAGGAUCCUGAAUCUGAACCAACAGAACUGAUCUUGUACACUGGUACACAGGCUGAACAGUUCUUUGUGAGAGAUCAAGCAUCUGGUACUGUUCGUACUGGGUUUAGGGUUCAGCCCUGGAUCAGAGAAAAUGCAAAGAAGGCUUUGGAACGAAAAAACGAGAUAAAAAAGCAGAGAGACAUGCUUGAAGUUAAAAAAGACGGGACAGCAUUGAAAUUAGAAGAAAAUGUAAAAAGUUUAAAGAAAGAGUUAAAAGAUCUUCAUUCUGAUGUGAAGUUUAUAAAAGAAGUGUUGAUGGCCAAAAGAUUAUUGUAGAAAUUAUAGUGAAUGACGACGCAAUUACCUUUCCCCAUUGUUAUGAAAUAAUUAUCUUACUCCUCCUUGUUUUUAGUAGUACCUUGACCUAUAUAUAUUUGAAUGUAAGCUUUUUAGUAUAUUAUAGUUCUGAAAUCUUUUCAAUAUAUUUUUUUAAAGAAGAUA